AUGUCGCCCCACAACCGCCGCAAGAGUGUUGACUCGUCCGACUCAUCAAGCGGCUCUGACAGCGAUCAUGGUGGCAAAGAUUCCCAUAAAAAGGAGAAGAAGGACAAAAAGGAUAAGGACAAGAAGGAUAAGGACAAGAAGAAGGACAAGCAAUCGGCUCAGGCAGCAAAUUACGGGCACUCAAGCACCGCAGACAUCGAUAACAGACAGGCCCGCCUGCAUACCAGCCAGAUCAUGGACUAUGAACAAGGCCCCCCGCCAGCGUACCCGCCUCCUUUACCGCGCGCACCAUCGUCGCAUCCCCCAUCGGGAUAUCGAGUGCCUCUGACCACCGACAACGCCUUCCCUCCACCAGCUCAAGCCGGUCCAGCGGUCGCCCACGACCUCGAUGGCUCGCCCAUCUUCAUCGGGUCGGCCAUUAUGGACGGAUCCGUGCACCCUUGCAAGAUCGGUCCGCAUCUCCAGCCCUACGUAGCAGUACCCUACGGCGGUGCCGAAUUCGGGCAUCAUGGACGAUACGACCUACUUCCCUUCGAUGGUGCGUCGAUGGAAUGGGUUCCCUCUAGCCACGGGCGGAUUCCUCCAGGCAGGUCGCCCGUUGAAGGAGGGUACGAGGAAGGAGGAGAGAAGUUGUAUCACGCCCUGGGGGAUGUGAAUGGAGUAAAAGUACCAGGGAAGACCGGUGAACACUUGAAUGGCGCCAAUGUUUCCUUCGGUGGUGCUGAGAUUGCGGUAUCUCAGUACGAAAUUCUAUGCUGGCGUUAA